AUGGUGACUUCGGCACUCGCCAACCGAUACUCUAUACCGACGAUUCUAGGCUACAGAGGAGAAACCUUUUUAGAUACGCAAAAGGCACAUAUUGCAAAAUUGCGCGCCAUUAAAAAUUAUCUGGACAAUGCGGGGGGAGCCUCUGACGAUCUUGUUAUUAUUGUUGACGGAUUCGAUGUGCUGGCUCAACUACCCGCGGAGGUCAUGAUGCAGCGAUACUUUACACUCAUGACCGAAGCAGAUCAGAGGCUUGCUGACCAACGGGGAAUCAGUGUCAAGGAGCUUCAUCGAACUGGAGUAAGGCAGACUCUUCUAUGGGGAACGGAUAAGGGAUGCUGGCCCGAGAGCGAAACGGAUCCGAGGUGUUGGCUUGUUCCAUUCUCAGUACAGCCUCGGCUCACAUGGGGACCCAAAACGGAUACUGGAGAUCUCCAGGAUAGCGACUCGCGGUUUCUAAACUCAGGCACAGUCAUAGGUCCACUGGAUGACCUUCUCAAGUUCAUCGACGCCGCGUUAUCACUGAUCCAAGACGAUUCGGAUCAGAACUUCCUCUUCCGAGACUCUGAUCAGUUUUAUAUCGCGGCUUUGUAUGCUCGUCAGGAAUAUCAGAGAAUGCGAGACUUGAACGGGGGCGACUUUCCUGAGGAUAUUGCUGGGAGGGAUGUACCCAGACCGAAAGGCGGCAAAGAUGAUGUGACUGAAUAUCACGUUGCCGUGGAUUCCGACUAUGCGUUCACGCAAACAGAUUGCCAUAAUUACAGAUUUAUCCAUAAGCUUCCGUACGACAAUUAUGACUUGACAGCCACUAUCAAGGAUGCUACGCUGGAAGAUGAGCCAAGAUCCCGCCCAUACAAGAUUCAAAUGCCUGCAGCCAUCUACCAGGCAUUACACAGAGUGUAUGAUUCACUUCCCACAGAAGACCGACCAGCAAUUUCAGCACAAAAUUGUAUUCGUAGUCUUAGACUUGGCACGAACAUCGGUACACGAGUGAUCUUUGCGUUCUAUCACAACGCAUGCGACAAAGCCAGGUUCGUCGACACAUUUCACGGCGCAUGGUUCUACCCUCUGGUCCGACCUCCUCUCCGAGCCGCUGUCAGAGCGAUUCAGAAUGGACAUCCGAUCAGCCCAGAACCUAUUGACAGAAGACUUUGGGUUGCUGCACGGCAGUACCCGAAAAUUGAUCUCGAUGAGUACAGAGGGGUCUUUGCUGGUGCACCGGGGGAUAAGUUUAUACCGCUGCAGGAAUUUUGCAGCGAGGAUAUCGAGUCUGCUAUUGGGAAUGAUACGGAUGAUCCGUUGACUGGACUCUGA